AACUGCAGCUGCAUUGACAUGUUGUUUGUUGUCUUUUCAUCCACAUCUGCGGCGCAGGAUAAGUUAUUAAUCUAAAAGAGGAUAUAAACACGUGCUUUUCGCACAUAUAAUAUCAAAGUUAUACCAAAGUAAAAAUGUCAUCCACUGACGAUGAUUCCUCAAUUGAUUCAUCAUUCUCUGAUGGUGGUAGCGAUCUAGAGGCGGACGAUCUGGAUGAAAUUGAACAACAAGUAGAGGUGCCGAAAGACAUCGAAUUGCGUUCUCAGGUUGUCGGCCUCGAAUGUCAUCCGAAAAAGAACCAAAUUGCCAUCGGAACCAUUGAUGGACCUGUUUACAUUUACACGUACGGUAAAGAAACUGGCAACAUAGAAGCUAUUGCAUUUGAGCAUCAUAAGAAAUCCUGCAGAGCUGUGAAAUUCUCUUCGUGUGGACAAUAUCUGUUUACUGGAUCACAGGAUACAACUGUAGAGGUUAUAGACCUCGAAACUAGUUCCAUCUAUCGGAAAUUUCUGCGACCCAAUGGCUCUUCAAUCUAUUCCUUGCUGCCCAUCGACAGUUAUCUCUUAGCUACUGGCGAGGACGAGGGUCAAGUCGUAAUAUGGGAUUUCAGAAUGCAGUCACCGAUCGCCCUCUUUGGCGACAUCAAUGAGUACAUCAGUAGUUUGUCGAUGAGCAACGAAAAAAGAAUUCUGUUGGCCACGAGUGGAGAAGGUACUCUGACUGCAUACAAUGUGCGGUCGAAGAAAAUGGCAAUGCAGUCGGAAAUGUUCGACAGUGAGUUCCUGUCUUCCACCGUGAUCAAAAACGAAAGUAAGGUUGUUGUGGGAUCGGGGGAUGGAUCGUUGAAUAUCUUCAAUUGGGGGGAAUACGGGAACAUCAGUGACAGAUUCCCGGGUCAUCCUGGAUCCGUCGACUGUAUGGUCAAGAUAGCGGAAGAUGUGGUCUGCACUGGCUGUGAAGAUGGUAAAAUAAGAGCUGUCCAGUUGUUUCCAACUAGGUUUUUGGGAGUUUUAGGAAGCCACAAUGGAUUUUCGAUUGAUGGAUUAAGUGCGUCCUUUGACAAAACUCUACUUGCAAGCUCUUCGUUCGAUCAGAAAGUAAAAUUUUGGGACUUGUCUGGCAUCGACGAUAUGAAAUCUGAGGAUGUUAAGGAAACAAAGAAGAAACACUCUCAGUUAAAUCGACAAGUAAAUGACUUUUUUUCUGAUAUUGCAUAAAGCUGUAAUUUAAGUUUAUUUGCUUGUUGAUUAAAAAGAAUUAUGCUUGUUG